CGCUCUGUCAACUCGACUGAUGGUCAAUGCUUUGUUGUCGCUUGCUUCUGCCUGAUGCAUCAACGCCGCGACGACUUGAACAGCUCACGCCAGAAUGAAAUACCAUGUGCAGUCGUCACAGCAACAGUGCAUCGCCGGCCACGAGCGACGACGAGCGAUGCCGGUACACCUACUCGAAAUGUCCCAACCCGCGCAUUUACCGGCGAAGCGGCGUGCUGCACACGCUCUGCGAGUACCACCGCACCAAAGCCAAUGCGAUCCAAAAAGCGUAUGCGGCCAAGCGUCGCCAGAGCCAGCGCGCGCAGCGCAAGCAGCAAAUCUUGGCCCAGCGCCAGCGUGAAGUCGCGUCCGGCUUGCCAGAGCCGAUUCCAUUUUCGGUGCCGCAACGCGCGACGACGUCCGAUGUUGCCGACAUGGCCAUCGUCGCGCUGCUUCUUUCGGAUACGCAGCUCGAUGAGAUAGAGCCCUUUGACGUCCAACAGCCUCCUACCCAGUGGUCUGAGGACGAGUGCGAUUUUCUUGACGAGCUCUUGUCUAGUCCACCGUAGAGGCCGCGCGGCAUGACCAAACGGUCCUAGAUGUAUGUGUUUUAUCAAAUUCCAACCGAUCCUUGUCGUUUUCGA